ACUUUUCUGGCUUCUUUCACACUUGUACAUCUUCCUUCUAAUCACUGUCUCUACAGGAUUCAACUUCUUUAUCUGAGAUGUAGACACAGAAAAUACUGACAUUUUAUUGAAAACAUCAUAUUCAUCAUAAAAAAAUACUUUUACUUGUCCUUGGAGAGCUUUUCAAUACAAUCACAAGUUCAUUUUCUCACAGAAUUGUAGAGAAAAAGAUUUUUCCUUCCUGAAAGCAAUUUUCCUUUUAGCUUUUCCAUGUUUUUGUCCCCCAAAGAAAGCAAUUUUAAAUCUUAAGAGUAUUGUUACCUAAACAUUUCAUUUUUAUAGUCAUCAUUGUUCUUGCAAGCACUGUAUCCACUUGGAUUAGUAACCUUCACCUAACAUAUUAAGGAUGAAAACAUUCAAGACUUCUACAACAUGCAGCAUUUCUGUUGGAUAUUUGUACCUCUUAACAGGUUUUCUGAAGAUUGCAGAACCCUUUAAUGUGGAUGUAAAAAACGGACUAUCAUUCAAUGGCCCAGUAGAAAACAUGUUUGGAUACACAGUUCAACAAUUUGAAAAUGAAGAUGGGAAAUGGGUCCUUAUUGGCUCACCUCUGGAGGGUCAACCUACAAAACGAACAGGUGAUGUUUAUAAAUGUCCGGUAAAUAAGGCCAGGCAGCCACCUUGCACAAAACUUAACUUGCCAAGUUUAACAUCAAUUGCCAGUGUUUCUGAGGUUAAAGAAAACAUGACUAUGGGUUCCACAUUAGUGACAAAUCCCAAAGGUGGAUUUUUGGCAUGUGGACCUCUUUAUGCUUACAGAUGUGGAAGUCUGCAUUACACAACUGGAAUUUGUGCAAAUGUCAGUUCUAAUUUUCAAGUUUUAAAUUCUAUUGCACCUUCUGUCCAAGAAUGUCGUGCUGAGUUGGACAUUGUCAUAGUACUUGAUGGUUCUAACAGUAUAUACCCAUGGCACAGUGUUGUUGACUUUUUACAGAAUCUUUUAAAAAAGAUGGAUAUCAGUCCAAAUCAAACACAGGUUGGCAUAGUUCAGUAUGGAGAAAAUGUGACUCAUGAAUUUAAUCUAAACACAUAUAAUUCAACAGCAGCUGUAUUGCAAGCAGCUAUGAAAAUUAAACAGAGAGGUGGAUCACGGACUAUGACAGCUCUCGGUAUAGAUACUGCUAGAGAGGAAGCUUUCACAGAAGCAAGAGGCGCGAGGAGAGGAGUUGAAAAGCUUAUGGUUGUCGUAACAGAUGGGGAAUCACAUGAUAAUCACAGAUUAAAAAAAGUCAUUCAAAAAUGUGAAGAUGAAAAUAUACAAAGAUUUUCUAUUGCUAUUCUCGGGAGCUACACAAGAGGGAAUUUAAGUACAGACACCUUUGUGGAAGAAAUAAAAUCAAUUGCAAGUGAACCAAAAGAAAAACAUUUCUUUAAUGUCUCAGAUGAAUUGGCUCUUUCAACUAUUGUUGAAUCAUUGGGAGAAAGGAUAUUUGCUCUGGAAGCAACAAGUGAAAAGCAGGCAGCUUCUUUUGAAAUGGAAAUGUCCCAGGCUGGAAUAAGUGCUCAUUAUUCAAAGGACUGGGCUAUGCUUGGAGCUGUCGGAGCAUAUAAUUGGAACGGAACAGUAGUGAUGGUGAAAUCUGAUACUAUAUUAAUACCUGACAAUGAAACAUUUAGAACAAGACCUGAGGAACAAUAUGAACCUUUAGCUGCUUAUCUUGGCUACACUGUAAGUUCUGCUUCUGUAUCUGGAGAAGAAAUCUAUAUUGCUGGUCAACCCCGUUAUAAUCACACUGGCCAAGUUAUAAUCUAUAAAAUGAAUGGCAAAACAAUUCAGAUACUUCAGACAUUAUAUGGAGAACAGAUUGGAUCUUAUUUUGGGAGUGUUCUAAUGACUGUGGAUGUGGAUGGGGACGCAGAUAGCGACAUCCUCCUUGUUGGUGCACCAAUGUAUAUGGGGAGUGAAAAACAGGAGCAAGGAAAAGUGUAUGUGUAUGGUAUUCAAAAGAAUGGCUUUAAGUACGAGAUGAGUUUGGAACCCAUAAACCAAACAUGCUGCUCUCAGCACAAGGAUGCCAACUGCAAUAAUGACAAUUCUAAUGAACCUUGUGGAGCACGUUUUGGAACAGCAAUAGCCUUUGUAAAGGAUUUGAAUCUUGAUGGAUUUAAUGACGUAGCUAUAGGGGCCCCACUGGAAGGGGAUCAUCGAGGUGCUGUGUAUAUUUAUCAUGGCAAUGGAAAAACUAUCAAGCAAAACUAUGCUCAGCGUAUUCCAUCUGGUGGAGAUGGGAAAAAAGUUAAAUUUUUUGGACAAUCUAUUCAUGGACAAAUGGACUUAAAUGGGGAUGGUCUAACUGAUGUAACUAUUGGAGGAAUUGGUGGUGCUGCACUUUUUUGGUCUCGUGAUGUAGCUGAAGUAAGGCUAACCAUGGAUUUUAAUCCAAAUACAAUCAAUAUUGAAAACAAUAAUUGUAACAUUAACAACAAACACACAGUAUGCAUCAAGGCAAAGUAUUGCUUUAAAGUCAUUUUAAAGUCAGAUGACAAAAAACAUGAAAAGCUAGAUCUUGAGUAUCGGAUAACACUUGACUCGCACAGACUUUCAUCUCGAAGCGUUUUCUUUGAGUCUCAGGAAAGAAAGUUAGACAAUAUAUUGUCUAUUGAAACAACGCGAUGUGUGGAGCAUGACUUCUAUAUGCUGGAAAAGCCAGAUUUCUUGAACUCCUUAAACAUUUCUGUGGAGUUUAAUUUUCCAGACCCAGAAAAGGGACCCGUCCUCAGCAGUGAACUUCCAAACAUAGUUAAUGCAUUUAUUCCUUUUUCAAUGGACUGUGAAGAACAAAAAUGUAUUACUGAUCUUGUUCUAGAUGCCGAUAUAAGCAUGGGUGGAACCAGAUUUAACCAAGCAAUUGUACAACCCAACAAAGAUAAGUUUGAAGUCAUUUUGACUAUCACCAACAUUAAAGAUAGCGCAUAUAACGCAAGAGUGAUGGUGAAAUAUUCUCCAAAUAUUAUACUUGCUGCAAUUGAGGAUAAACCAAAAGUAAGCUGCGAUCCAGAUCAUGAUGUAGUAGUUUGCAAAGUUGGAUACCCAUUUCUUAGAAAGAAUGAAAGGGUUUCUUUCAAAAUAACACUACAGUUUACAGUUUUACACCUCAUGGAUAAUGCUUUUAUAUAUAUUAAUUCUACAAGUGAUAGUGAAGAGAAAACCGAAACAUUAUCGAACAAUGUGAAGAACAUUACAUUUCCAGUAAAAUAUGAAUCUUGGUUGACAUUUAUGAGCUCAACUAAAGAGGUCCAUGUCAGUAUUGCUGCAAAUGAUUCAAUCCCGAACAUAAUUAAUUCCACAGAAUUGAUUGGUCCUCAACUGAAACUCAGCUAUGUGAUUAGGAAGAGCGAUUAUAUUCCAAUGCCAACGGUCACAUUUCAGUUUUCAUUUCCUUACGUAACACCGGACAACAACAAACUCCUUUACCUCACUGAUGUCUCUACAUCCCAAAACGUCAAUUGCAGUGUUGAUAAACUUUUGGAUUCAUUGGGGAUAAAUUCUGGACAAAUACACACAGUUCAAAUGUUUAAAGAACAGUUAAGGGAUACCAUAUUGGAUUGUAAGAGAUAUCCUUGUUCAUCAUUUCUCUGUACUGUUAAAUCUUCUGAUAUUACUUAUGUGAACAUCUCAUUAAGAUUAUGGAAAGCAACCUUCAUAAAGGCUAGCAUUCAAAGUCUAAACCUAGUUGUAAAUGGUAGACUUCAUAGUGAAAAUCCUAUGAUUGUAUUAAACAAGGAGAGUGAAAUUUAUGAGACAAUGAUAAAAAUUUCAAAAGAGCUUGAACAUGGAAGAGUGCCUAUAUGGGUUAUUCCAUUAAGUAUUAUUGUUGGACUUCUGAUAUUGGCCCUUAUUAUAUUUGCACUUUGGAAGACUGGAUUUUUCAAAAGACCUCUGAAGAAGAAAAUGGAAGAAUAGAAAGUGUUCGUUAUAAACGGAAAUUAAUAUAUUUAUCAUUAAUAUAAUGCAAUCAAAAAUGGUGGUAUGAGUGAAACCAGUCACUCUUUCUGACCUGCAAGAGUUUGAAUCUUGAUUGCCAGUGAUAAACAACAUCUGGAAAACAGCACAAAACAAAAGCACAAACAGUGGUGUUAAGUGUUAUACCGCCUUUGAAAAAUUAGCCUGUAAUUUUUAUUUCUGUGACAGUUUUGUUCUUGAAUGACAUAGGACAUUGAUUUACUUUGUUAAAUUGACAUGAAAGUCAAAUAUUUUUUUAUUGACGCAUAGUAUGUAUCAGCAAUUAAGCACUGCAUUGCUAAUGAUCUUUACACAAAAGCAUGUUUUAAAAAUGUAAUUAUCAUCAGGAAAACUGGUAUAUACAGGAAAGGAACAAAACAAAAAUCUGGCAUGCAUUUUGAAAUAUACCUUUUAGAUUAUUAUAAACCUCAAAAUCAAUUUAAAAUAUAGAUAUAGGGAACAAAAAGAUCCCACACAUUAUUAAGAUUCACUAAUUCAAAUGUAUAAAAAAUAAAAUAAAGCAUUUAAAUAUAUGUAUAUAAUUAUUUAAAGCAACAGACAUUGAAAAUAAUUUAGGCGGAAGAAACAUUUUUACAUUUCUGAUGGUGCUUACUUUUUGUCACUUGUCUAGCUUUUUUGAGGGAGGGGAUGGGGGGGCUGCUAAAAUUCAUAUGAUAUAUAUAUAUAUAUAUAUAUAUAGUGUAUAUAUAUAUAUAUAUAUAUAUAUAUAUAAACACUAAAUAGCGCUACACCCGUAAUCUAGCCCUUAAUACUGUUAAAACUCAUUUUGACCAACUUUGUACCAUUUCAAAUAAGAACAAAUUCAGUUAAAAAAAAAAGAAAUAUUUUGCACCCAAACAGAUGAGUUUUGAUUAGUUUAUAGCUCAGUCAAACCUGGUUGUUUUUAAACUCUGUCAAAGUUGAUUUUGUAGUAAAACAAUUUGCCUUUGAGGUAACAGGUUCAUUUACACAAAUUAAAGUUGCCAAAACUGUCAAAUUUAUGCCAACUGUUUCCACCUAGCUUGUUUAACAUAUUGGCUUGAUAGUGGUAUUUCCAUCAUUAGACCAAAUCCCUCUGGGCAAAUCUUAUCUGCUAAUAAAACAGCAGAAUAUCAUUAUCCAAAUCUGGGAUUGACUGCUGCAAUUCAGAUUUAGUCAAACAAGGGUAUUUUUAUGCAGAUAUUUGUAGAAUAAUCCAAAACAUUUUGAACCAAAAAUACAGUUCUAGGAGCCGUUUCUCCCUGCUGCCCAAGGUUUCUCAACCCAUGAUUUAUAUGUCUGUUUUUCUGACAACAUUCACAUUUUAGUACAUCACAUCCAAUCCAAUCGUAUGUAAUGUGAUUUUAGCAAACUUACCUAUGCCUGCUCAUGAUUGGCCAACCACAUAUAUCCCUUUGCCGGAGUUAAAGUGAUAUUGUACUGUAAAUUAGUUUCUCCUUAAUGUGUUUAUAAUGACAGCUGCAGGGCAUGCAAUGAUUAGGAAAUUAUUCAUUUUGGUUUAUUAUUGUAUUUGAAAUAGUUAUGUUUGCUCAUUGAAGAAGAAGAAAAAAAAUGCACCCCAUUUAAAUGAGCUGAGUUUGCAGAAAGAAUACAUUUUCUUAUAUCAUCUAUUUCUCUAUACACACACAUAUGUCUAUACACAAAGAUUGAUACUUAGGGGCCGAUUUAACAAUGGCAGAAUGGCCCCUAAUUGCCCUGUUUCUGGGUGAGACUUCCGGCUCGCCAGAAACAGGCGUUAAGAAGCAGAGAUCUUAAGCCCGCUGCCUCUUAACUCAUGGACCUCUUCUGAGACUGUAGUAGAUUGGCAACCCCUGCUAGUGGCUAAUUGGUCGGGAAUCUGCAGUGGGCGACAUUGCACAAGCAGUUCAGCGAUAUCUGGCGCACCACACUUGUAUUAUGCCCAGCAGUAAAUGGGUUAAUUAGGUAGCUUGUAGGGAACAUGUAGGGUUUAUUUUAGCUUUAUUGUAUAGUAGUUGACAACCCAAAGUAUUGAUCUAGGCCCAUUUUGGUAUAUUUCAUGCCACCAUUUCACCGCAAAAUGCGAUCAAAUAAAAGAAAAAUUUUAACUUUUUCACAAACUUUUUCACAAACUUUUUCACAAACUUUAGGUUUCUCACUAAAAUUAUUUACAAACAGCUUGCAUAAAUGGUUGUAAAUGCUUCUCCUGGAUCCCCUUUGUUAAAAAACAGCAGACAUAUAUGGCUUUGGCGUUGCUUUUUGUCACUGCUAUUUUAAGUACUGGCAGAAAGUCUGCCAGUACUAAAAUAAAAGGCUUUUUUUAUUUUUUAUAUAUUCUGCAGUGUUGGAUCCCCCUUAGCCCCCAACCUCCCUUAACCCUACCCCAAACAGUUCUCUUACCCUCCCCCUUCUACCUAUUUUCCGCCAUUUUGGGUACUGGCAGCUAUCUGCCAGUACCCAGUUUGAUAAAAAAAAAAUUGGUAUUUUUUUAUUUUAUAUUACAAAACCAAUUUUCUGUAGUUUAGCUGCCCCCCUAAAUACCCUGCCCCCUCCCAGAUCCCUUUUCCCAAGACUUAUCUCCCUCCUUCCUUACAUUGUAAUGUACUAAGAAUGUAUUAAACAGUGUUAACAUGAAAGUAACUGUACUUCGUAAUUAAUUUUUUAAGUGUUUCAUGAAACUUUUAUGUUGCGCAAAACUGUUAACUACAGGUCUUCGAGUGCGGAAAGUAUUGUUACAUAAAAGGUGAAUGCACGUGCACAAUUGCAGUUUUUCAAGACUUGUAACACAUGCAAAAUCGAAAUUGAUUGCGAAAAUACCACAUUGCGCAUUAAUGACUCAUAACGCACUACUUGUAAUCUUGCCCUUUGUGUUGGCUGUCCCUUUAAGGUGCACAGUACAAAUUGUAAUAAAACUACAAUGUGCAUUCAAAAAACCACUGUGACAUUUGUAUUUAUAAUACAAAAUUUAAAACAUAUUGUUUAAAAUGAGUUUUCCCACAGCUGCUAAUUCUUGUUUGCAUAGUAUUUUUUUAAAGAGUGUAAACAUUAUCAUAUUUUCAGUAUAGGUAGUGGUUUUAAAAGGCAAAAAAACGUUAUUUCAAAUGGCCUAAUAAAGGUAAAUGAGCUAUUUGUAAGAAUUGAAAUUUACUCCAGCAGAUAAAAUUGAUCAUUAAGAAUACACAAUAAAGCAGAGAAAAUAUUACAGUACAAUGUCAAUUUAUAUAAAUAUUGAUAAAAGGGAAUUUACUAAAAAUAAACAGAACAUUUUAUUUUCACUGUAGAAUUUCACUUUAACUUAUAGUAAUUUAUUUGCAUGAAUAAAAUAAAAGAAAAUAUAUAGGGUAGGGGGCGCCCUUGGCUAAUGAUAAUAAAUGAUAGAGAUAUAACAUUCUGUAACAAAGAUACCAAAAUAAAUAAAUAACUAAAUACAAUUGCAAGUUAAAAAAUAAUAAUAUUGGAAAUAUUCAAGCUACAUCGGAGGCCAGUCUGCUGGGUGACUGUUAGAUUCCAGCCAGCUCCAAUAGCACCAAGAGAGGUGCUUCAACAAAUGUGAGUGCAAACUUCUCAUAUACCAUCUUACAACGGCAUAUACAGUGCUAGGCCAUGUGGCGCUUCUGUUUCUUUGUAUCCCUCUACAGAUUGAUGAAAAUGAAAUACUUUGUCAGGGUAGAACAAUUAUUAAUAGAGGUGAUUGAACUAAGCAUUUUCUGGGUUAUAAAAAUACUCAAAACGUCGGUAUCUAAAGUGUUUGUCAUUUCUUUGUAAAACUAAAUUCAUGUAAAAUAUGAAAAGCGUUAAGGAUGUAGAAAUAUAAAAAUAGAUUAUUUAUUAAAAUGAUGUAGGUUCCUAGUGCAGUCCAAGAGUGAGAUGAUAAUAAAAAGGAUUAUUUUGUAAUGUUUUGCAUAAAAAAUUUUUUAAAAAAACUAAUGUACUCAAAAUCAGGUGUAAACACUUAAAGAGACAUGAAACAACAAACAUUUCUUUCAGAAUUCAGAUAGCUCAUACAAUUUCAAAUAACUUUCCAAUUUACUCAAAAUAUCAAUUUUGCUUCAUUCUUUUGUUUUCCUUUAUUGAAGGAGCAGCAAUAUGCUACUGGGAGCUAGCUGAACACCUUGGUAAACCAAUAAUAAGAGGUAUAUAUACAGUAUGUACAGCCACCAAUCAGCAGCUAAUUCCCAGCUCCUGAGGCUACCUAGCUAUGCAUUUCAACAAAGGAUAUCAAGAGAAUGAAGCAAAUUAGAUAUUAGAAGUCAAUUUGAACGUUGUUUAAAAUGAUAUGCUCUAUCUGAAUCAUGAAAACAUUUGUUUGGGUUGUAUAUCCCUUUAACUACUUUAUUUUAAAAUUGUACCAUGACUAUUUCAAUAUAAUGUGGUUUUCUUUCUUUAUAUUAUGGAAUGUACAGAAAUUAUUGACUUGCACAUAUAAAUAUCAAGUGCUGUACUGUUUUCUUUUUGUCAAAUCUGCUGAUUAAAUUUUGUCACAACUGGAUUUUUUACCACAAUUAUUUUAAAGUGAAGGUUAACUUUGUUCGUUGCUAAUGCAAUAUUUUAUUUAUCACCCAAAAUAAAUGGCAGUUUCAUUCAUCAUUA